GUGAAAAGUAGUUGUGAUGAUUUCAGUUAGUUGAAAACUCCCAACAAGUUCAAAUCGAUUUCACUUUUCACUUUUGGUUCGUGGGAUUCUUGCACAAGAAACACCAGUAAAAAAAAGCCUCUCUGUUUUUGAUAUACUUUUUUGCUUAAGUCUGCAACGUUUCUAUUUCUGCUACCUUGAUUUUUCACCGUGAUCUUGUAUAUUAGUAAAUUGAAAGUGCUGUGAAGGGGGUAGUGCUGAGAUACAGGUGGAUUAGCAAUAUUAUAGUGUGGAGAAAAUAUUGAGAGGAUUUUUAUUUUUUGAGAAAUAUUAAUAUUCUUUCCUGAGUUGUGAGAUAUGGAAAACUUUUUCAUGGAGAUUCAGUUAUACAGUGAGAUAAAUUGCCAUGAAAAGAGACAUUUACAUGUGAAUGAGAGAGAACUGAAAAUAAUCCUUCAAGUGAUUUCAAUGAAUUUUCUCUUGAACCUCAAUUCAUGUGAUUCAAUUUCUUAUUUAAAGCAUCACAAUUGCUGAAAUAUCAGGAAGUUGACUGUACAAUAGAGAAAAAAAAUAGAGGAGAGUGAGACAUUUAUUCUGAGAUAUUAUAUAUGUAUAUAUAUAUAAUCUGUGUUUCCGCUCAGAAAGUGAUGUGUUUUGUGAAUCAAUUUUGAUUCAAAAGAAAGUACUUUGGACAUUUACACAGUGAUAAAACCUGUAUUAAAGGUAAAAAAGAUAAGCCGUUAGAAAAUCAGCUGGAAAAAUCACGAUUGCUAUCGAGUUUUUCGUUGUGAAUAUUCUAACCCAGGGAGAUAGAGAGAUACCCAGAGAUAGUAAGAGGGGCAGAGAAAAUCACAAGUCUCGCACAUAUCGCAAGUCACAUGGUCCUUCAAAUGUUCUCGUGCUCGUUGCUUACUGGUAAACGUCCGACCAGAUACUUCAUAAUAUUAUCUCUCAGACGAUAGUAAAGCUCGUGUAUCGCGGUAAUUCUGCCAGUGGUGUUGACUUGAACAGAGAAGGAAGAAGAUCAAAGACGAAGGGAUAAUCCCUUGAAGGACAAACAGUGAAUGAUUUGUGACAGUGUAUUUUGAUGAUAAUUUUUGCACAAUCUCCCCGCAAGGAAAGAAUUUAUUCUCUGGACAACAAUUUCUGAGUUGUUUUUCAAAGUUAUCAUCAUUGCAAAUUUUAGUUGGAAAACAACCGUGUAACAACACUAUUUUCGUGCAAAUAGCGCGAGAUUACAGUGCGUGUUUAGUGUUUUUUAUUUUCUUUGUAAAAGAAGGCGGAAGAAUAAUACGAAUUUUUUCCAACGUCUUAUCCGUGCAAGGAAGGUCCAAAAUGUAUCUUCAUGAGCACAUAAUGUAUUUAUUUUUGACACUCAUUGGUCUCUGCUUUGCUCUUGGAUGUCGUCGUCAAGUGAGAAGAAAAAACGCAACUUGUGAGAGAGUGACUCAGAGGAGCACCAAGGAGGAGAUUAAGGGAAGGAAAGAACGAAAGGAUAGCAGUGGCAUAUCGUCAGAUGACGAAGCAAAUCUGCUGGAGAAGAAGUCCGAUGAUGGGAGCAGUGAUACGAGUGAUGGCACAAGAAAUGUCCGUGGGAGACGUUUUGGCAGCCGGAAGGGUAAAAAGCAGCGCUGGAGGGAAAAAUCAGCCACCUGUGAAGUAGCCCGAGAACGAUUGGAGGAAGAUGAGGAGGAAGAGAAAGAUCUCCAUUACUAUGUGGUAGCCAGCAGUAGUAGUGGAAGUGAGGAUUCUCCGAAGAAAGUCCCACAGAUGCGUGGGAAGAAUGGCGGAAAGAAUCCACGUCGGCAGCGUCGGAAUCAGCGCAAAGAUAGCCAGGAAUCCGUGGAGAAGAUGCCUGUGGGCAGGAAGGAUAAAAAGAGUGUGAAUUUCAGUGGAUGCGAUGAAGAGAGAAUAUGGACUCUGACUCCGCCAUUGAGGCAGCAUACAAAGCUCAAUAUGACUGAGGAUAUUCUCAGUUCAUGCCUCAGAUCAUAUGUCCUGCUUCCACAUCAGCUUCGUCCAUUGGGUUUUCCGGUGGCGUGUGAGUGGGAUCGACGACGAGCUAUUAUUUACAAGAGUUCUCCUGGGGAAUUCUUUGCCCUCAAGAGAGCUUCAAUUGUGUCCAGUGGCAGUGUUUUUGAUGUCAAUGCAGCAGAAUUCGUGCCUGCGAGUCACGGAGGAGAAGUACCUCAGGUGACUUCAUCGGUGAUUGUCAAUGAAUGCGAUGGACUGGAUAAACCGUCGCAGGAAGCUCUGCUGUCCGGAGACAGUGGUCAGAGCAGUGGCUCUUCGAGUCCACCAUCCGUGGAUGGAGAAGAUGCUCUGGAUGACACUGUGACAUUUAUUCCCAGCGAAGAGAAACGCUGCUGCCGCUGCGGUAGGGGAUUCUUUGUGACAGUCGACGGGGAGUAUUUGACUCAUGAGGCAUGUGUCUUCCACUGGGGCAAAUUACAGCGUGUGGAUUGCCUGCCAUUUGGUCGGGUGGAGUUUUCAUGCUGUGGCGGUGAUGCUGGAAGUCGAGGAUGUACAACAAAUCGCCUCCAUGUCUGGUAUGGCCUCCAGACGGGUCUAAAUGGUCCAUUUGAGGGCUUCGUAGCAACUCGUACAGGUGCUUCAGAUGGGAAGCAUCAGAUUUUUGGGCUGGACUGUGAGAUGUGCUUUACUGGACGUGGUCUAGAGCUGUGCAAAGUAUCUGUGGUAGCUUCCGAUGGGAGAUUGCUCUAUGAGCGUCUCGUGAAGCCAGAAUGUCAAAUAGUGGACUACAAUACUCGAUUUUCGGGUAUCUCUGAGCAGGACUUUACAGCUCGGGGGCAGAAUAUUCGGACGCUGAAGGAGGUGCAGCAGGAUUUGCUGAAGAUGAUUGGGGCUGAGGCAAUUCUCGUUGGUCAUGGCCUUGAGAAUGACUUACGAGCCCUGAAGAUCAUCCAUAGGAACAUCAUUGAUACAUCUGUGGUGUUUCCUCAUACUUCAGGGCUCCCAUUUAGGCGAUCCCUGAAAUCCCUGGCUAAGACUUUUCUCAAGCGAGACAUCCAGACAGCUGCCACGGGUCACGAUAGCCUCGAAGACAGUCGGGCUUGCAUUGAGCUGAUGCUGUGGCGAGUCCGGAAGGAUUUUCGCACCAGCAUCAAUGCCCACUGAUGGUGAGGUUACAGGUCAACCCCACCCAACCCCUCAAAAGACUGCUGCCUGCAGAAAUAUUUUCUGUGAUGUUUUCCUUUUUAAUUUUUAAUUUUUAUAACACCCUCGCUACAUUUUUGUUGAGCUUCAUUUUUUUUCUUUGUGUAUUUUUUUGGCGCUUCGCCCCCAAAGUUUCCCCUGAAAAAAAAAAAACAAGAAAAAGUUGCGAGGAAGAUAAUGUACAAGAAUUACGAGAAUCUUAGUUAUAUAAGAGAAUAGAGUAGAAGAGAAAAAAAACAACUGAAAAAUGUUAAUAAAAGUCGAUAAGAUAUUCUUAAUUGAAGACAAA